UUUCAUGCAUCGGCGACGAUAGAAAAACAAAAACGUUCCAUGUAGUCACGGCUCGAGAACAAACGGCUGAAUCAUGGAAAUUUACGAAGCAAAGUAUGACUUCUGUGAUGAUUGUGGCGAAAGCUUGCUUAGUUUUAACAAAGGCGAGAAAUUUUUAGUCACGAACAAAUCUGAUGGAGGAUGGUGGGCCGCUCAAAAUUUGUCCAGUAACGAAAUAGGAUACAUUCCUUCAGCGUACGUUGAAUGUACUGCAGUUAUCGAUCCACUCACAUUAGACCAUAUGGAUGUGUCUUCAAAACAAGAGAAAAUCAAAAUGGAUGCCUUAUGUGAGCUCACAGCAAAGAUUCAGCAAAAUCCUCAUCCAGGAAGGAAUCAUCCAAAGUACCCUAAAGAAGACUACUUGGGUGAUGGAAAACAAACUCCCCCCACAACUCCUGAGUUAAAGAGGACUGUCAUACCACACUCUGCCUCUAAGGAACAGGAUGAAUUACGUAAAGACCUUAAAUUUAGCCAGCAAAGGGGUAUUCAACUGGGAAGACCCGAACUUAUGAAAACAUGGGAAAAGUUUGAACACAAAAAGUCCGCCAAAGCUGAAAAGGGUAAAAGUAGUGUUGACAGUGAACUGGAAUCCAGAUUUCGCAGUAUCUCUCAGAAACAAGAGGAUUUUGAAAAGCAGAAAGAGACAGAAGCAACAAAACCAGAGUUCAUGAGAGUUAGUCUCAAGAAAUCCUCAAGGGAAGUUGAGGCCACCAGCUGACCAAUCACCAUGAAGCUUAAGCCAAGCUUAAGGCAUUGAAUACUAUGUUUUAAGAAAAAAUGUAAGAAAAUUCCUGGAUGUGUAAAGUUAGAAAAGCUUAUAGCAAAUGUGUUAUUUUUAUAUACUAGUUCAAGUUACAUUGCUGUGUUUUUUGGAAAAUAUUCUUAAGAGGCAUAGGUGAGAUACUGGUAAUCCAGAACAAAGAAAAGCCCUUCCUAGGGUUUUUUUAACUCUUUUCAUCUUUGCUGUUCACAGAUAGUAUAAUUUUUUGGAAAAACUCAAGUUCAGUAUUAUUACUAAUAAAAGAAUGUGCUGUUUCAUGAAAAUUAUACCAAAUCCCACAGCUGGUUGUUUAGAUUCUGAUAUUAAAAAGGUUCUCUACCAUCUUUGAAUAAGCCAGGCAUUCUAUGUAAACGAUGUUUUUUUUGUAAACAGAUUCAACAGUUAAGGCUUUAACACUGAAAUUCAAAUCUUAAAAUCCAUUUGUAAAAAAUUGUUGCCAAAACCGUACCAGUCUUUAUACAGUAAUUUAAAAUAACAAGCCCUUGCUAUUAAACAGAAAAAUCUUCAACUCAGUGUGUCCUGCUUGUUUUCAACAGAUAACUCUGAAUUUGAACAUUAAAGUGAAAAACUUUAAAAGCUCACUUCCAGUUAAACCAAGGGGGCUACUGGUUCUGCAGCUAUGGUGAUUACACUCCCAAAGUGUUGAUAAUGUACAUGUUACCAUCAGGCUUAAUGAAAAAGGCUAUAGUUAAGAAUUAUUAUAUACAAGGAAAACAUUGACUUGAGAUAAAAAGGGGUUCAGGGCAAUGUUAAGGAAAAUCUUCCUCCUCUCAAGACAGUGAACAUUUUAAGAACUGAUGUUUCCCUGUUGUUCAAAAACUAAAGAGGCCAAUAAGGGCCAUACAUUGUUGUGGGGGAUAUUUGGUCUUAUUUAAACAUUUAAGCGUUUCUGCUUUAACACAUUGUUUUAGGGGAUAUUUGGUCUUUUUUAAGCAUUUCUGCUUCCCAACCACACAGAAUUUAAGGCUACAUACAAGCUCCAAGCCUUAAUGACGGGGGUUGGGGGGGGGAAGGAUAUUUUAUUAAAACUACAGAAACUUUAGUGUCAACAUCUCAGAUUUUACGUAUGUAAACUUAUGCGUUUAUGACAAGCAUGAUAAGUUAUACUUGUUUGUUUUAAAAAAAAACCCUGUCAGAGCGUGAAGCUUGUUUUAAGAGCAGAUUCACAUGUUUCUGUGAUGCACUUUGUGAACCAUGUCAUCUUGAAUUGCUGGUCUAGGUUAUGACGAUAGUUAUCACAGCAGACUGCAGCCAAAGCGAAGUCAUUCUUCACCAAUCCUAACACUGCUACACUGUCCCUUGAUGUUGGGUGGCCUUUGAGGGGAUAGAGUAAUGCUAACCAUAUUCCUCUUUGUCAUUCAACUUGCUUACUCUUGUAAUGUAUGGAUUAUGAAGGCAUUGUUUGGUUAUCACUUUUCCUUUUCAUUUUUUUGGUUGUUGAUUCAAGUUCAUAGAAAAGCUUGGUGACUAAUUGAUUAGUAAGUCACCAUCGCUCAAUAAUUAUACAAAAUUUGUAUGUUGUUAUAGUUCUUUUUCUUGUUAUGUUUACUUUCAUUUGCAUACUUCUUAUGUAGUACUCAUGAAUUUUAGCAUUAGUUGAGAUUAUUUUUUGCCACAAUUUUUGUAUGGAGAGUUUUGAUUGACUUUUGAUUUUUUUUUUUUUUUGGUGCAAAUUGUUUUCAUUUUCAAGCAAAAUAAGUUAUUAGUUUUUAGUUAGUGUAUACUAAGUGUUAGAUGACUUCCUUAGUUAUGUAUCCAUUGCAUUUUAUCAGUUUAUUUCAUUGACACUAAUAUUAACAUUAAGAAUAAUCUGCAAUAUAAUUUAUGACUCGUUUUUAUCAAAGUAUGGGUUGAUAUACCAGGAAGUGACGUCAAGUAGCCAUGACAAGACUACUUCAGAAUAGGUAUCAUCACUGUAAGACUACAUGACAAGCGGAUACUCACUAUUCACAACUAAGUGUUUUUUUUUCUCCUCUAAUAGUUUGCUGCUGACGGUUGGAAUUUUUUUUUCAUGUUGUGUUGAUUAGUUAAUCUCCGUGUUUACUGUUACACUAAAGUCAGCCAGAGUAAAUCACAUUUUGACGCGUCACGAACAAAGACAGAUAUUUGUAGCUAAUUCUCAACAACAGAGGUUUUGUUUCCAUUUUACGGAAAGGCAGUUUAGACAAGUAUGUACUUAAAAAACAACGCAGUUCCUAAGACAAUUUUAUCAAAGUGAAGUGAUAGGACAUAUGUAAACUUUGCUAUUUUCGUUUGUGUGAUGUACAGAAGGAAUAAUUCAUAGGCAUUUUAUUGCCAAUAAACAGAAGAUUUAUGUUGUUUUGCGAACUAAA